UGACCGGAAGCUAGAAUAAUUUCCCCCGCCCUGCCCUUUUUUCCAUCAUUAAAUAUGGCCGUCGUGGCGUCGACGCCAAGUUGGGCGGGGUGUCGCUCUACCUUUAUCAAAGGAGUAACUCUAUGACCCAAGAGAGAGGGAGAGACAUCGCCACCUAGUGGACCGGAGACCAAGCUUAGAAUUCUAAUGAGCCUUUGACCUUCACCUUUUUACUAGCUGGAAUGUGUUAUCAAGUUUGGGUACAGUGCCUUCAGAAUCAACAUGUAACAGAUGGAUGUCACUUUAUACAAGUUGCUACUUAAAACCAACAUUUUUGACUCUGUAUGAUCCCUGUACCUUCAGCCUUGAAUUUCAGUUUGUUGUUGUAAACAAAAUAAAAGAAGUUCAUGUAGUGCUUGCUUUAGCUUGAGUCAUCAUGAGUAGCAGUCUAGGAAAAGAAAAAGACUGUAAAGAGAAAGACCCUAAAGUGCCAUCAGCCAAGGAGAGAGAAAAGGAGGCAAAGGCUUCUGGGGGUUUUGGAAAAGAGAGCAAAGAAAAGGAACCUAAGACCAAAGGGAAAGAUGCCAAAGAUGGAAAGAAAGACUCCAGUGCAGCGCAGCCAGGUGUGGCUUUUUCUGUGGACAAUACUAUCAAACGCCCUAAUCCAGCUCCUGGGACUCGAAAAAAAUCUAGCAAUGCUGAAGUGAUUAAAGAGCUAAACAAAUGCCGGGAAGAGAAUUCAAUGCGAUUGGACUUAUCCAAGAGAUCUAUACACAUGCUUCCUUCAUCAAUCAAAGAAUUGACACAGCUAACCGAACUUUAUUUAUACAGUAACAAAUUACAGUCUCUCCCAGCAGAGGUAGGCUGUUUAGUGAAUCUAGUAACACUGGCACUGAGUGAAAACUCACUGACCAGUUUGCCUGACUCUCUUGAUAACUUGAAGAAGCUUCGUAUGCUUGACCUACGGCAUAACAAACUGAGAGAAAUUCCUUCAGUGGUGUAUAGGCUAGAUUCUCUCACCACUCUUUACCUUCGUUUUAAUCGAAUCACUACUGUGGAAAAGGAUAUCAAAAAUUUGUCAAAACUCAUCAUGCUUAGCAUUCGGGAAAACAAAAUCAAACAACUACCUGCUGAAAUUGGUGAAUUAUGUAACCUCAUAACCUUGGAUGUGGCUCACAAUCAACUGGAGCACCUUCCAAAGGAGAUUGGAACCUGUACUCAAAUCACCAACCUUGACUUGCAGCACAAUGAACUCUUGGAUCUUCCUGAAACUAUAGGAAACCUGUCCAGUUUAAAUCGUCUUGGACUAAGGUAUAACAGACUGUCUGCAAUACCAAGGUCAUUAGCAAAAUGCAGUGCACUUGAGGAGCUGAAUUUAGAGAACAAUAACAUUUCUACUUUGCCAGAGGGUCUAUUGUCAAGUCUUGUGAAUCUGAAUAGUUUGACACUAGCUAGAAAUUGCUUCCAGUCAUAUCCAGUGGGUGGUCCAUCUCAGUUCUCCACCAUCUAUUCCCUCAAUAUGGAACACAACAGAAUCAAUAAAAUUCCAUUUGGAAUUUUCUCCAGAGCAAAAGUAUUAAGCAAGCUGAAUAUGAAGGACAAUCAGUUAACCUCCCUUCCCUUGGACUUUGGGACUUGGACCAGUAUGGUAGAAUUGAAUUUAGCUACCAAUCAGCUCGCAAAAAUCCCUGAGGAUGUGUCGGGGCUUGUUUCUCUUGAGGUUCUAAUAUUGUCAAACAAUGUUCUGAAGAAGCUCCCUCAUGGACUUGGAAACCUUCGGAAAUUAAGAGAAUUGGACCUAGAGGAGAACAAACUAGAAUCCUUGCCGAAUGAAAUUGCGUACCUUAAAGAUUUACAGAAAUUAGUUCUAACGAACAACCAGUUGAAUAAUCUUCCCAGAGGAAUUGGUCACCUUACCAAUCUUACACAUCUUGGCCUUGGAGAGAACCUGCUUGCCCAUCUUCCUGAGGAAAUUGGUACACUGGAGAACCUAGAAGAGCUAUAUUUGAAUGACAACCCUAACCUUCAUGGCCUUCCUUUUGAGUUGGCUCUCUGCAGCAAACUGUCAAUCAUGAGUAUUGAGAACUGUCCACUCAGUCACCUUCCACCUCAGAUUGUUGCAGGAGGACCAUCUUUCAUCAUUCAGUUUCUAAAGAUGCAAGGUCCAUAUCGUGCCAUGGUCUGAUGCAAAUCAGUUGGUCCCAUACACUGUACAAAAUAUAAACUGCAUUAAUGUUGUCUCAUAUCUAUAUCUGUAUCUCUGUAGAUAUUGAUAUAUAUAUGGCAGAUUUAUUAAGACUGCAUUAUGUGUUUCUGCUAAUAGAGGAAUCAUAGCCAUUUAGAUUUUUUUUUAUUCUGUACAAAAUGCUUGUUUGAGUUUUCUUUGCUGAAUUUGAUGGAUUUUUGUCUAUUGAGUCAUAUGUAAUACCAGUUCACUUAAUACAUUUGCCAACAAAUUAAAAAUAUAUUAAAUUUAAGGGACAAAAGUAGUAUUGUUAGAUAGACUUUCUAUUAGGAAAAAUAAUGUACAAAUAUUUGUUGCAACUUUUCAUAUUCGUUUUCCCUUCUUGUCAGAACCCUGUAAUGUCAUAUGCCCUAAAGAUAGAAUUUUUCUUUAACUUAUUUUGAGAUUUGAAACAGAAAUGGUUUUUUAUAUAUUGUUUACAGUCAGAGUAAAUCACUGGAUUUUUUUAUUUGUUUUGAUUUGCUCUGUUUUAAUCAAUCAUAACUAGAAUUUAUAUGCUUCUGCUGAAGAAUUUGUAUCAGCUAGUUUAUAUACAAAAAGAUUUGCUAAAUGAAAUAACUGGUAAACUGAAAAGAUGCAGCCAAAAUGCUUGAAUUCUUGUAAUUAUGCUUCUCUGAAUUACCAUUUGUGAGGCAAAACAUAUCUGAACUGAGCCUUUGGGGAGGGUUGGGGGAGAGGAAAGGGGACAUGACAUCUUUUCUAGCACAAAUACCUUUUCAGAUUGAGGGAAGAAAUACAUAAUUGGUUCAGUGAAAAGCAGUCACUGUUUUGGGAAGUUGCAGUUACACAAAAUUUAAUACAACUUGAUUGGCAAGAAUAUCUUAUCCACACAUUAUGUAAAAAUAUACAAUCCUAUAUAGAUAUAUAUUUAUUAUGACAUAAAUGACAUCAAGUAAUGUUGAGGAUUUCUCCCCAUCCUUGUACAAUGAAGUGAAUUGAAUGUCUCUUACUUUUUAAACACUGCAAUAUAUGUAAGUUUUAGGGUUAUUUAACAAUGUACUCUGGUUUUAUAUCUUGACUUGCCUUGUACAUCUUUCAAUCCUGGAAUUUCUGCAUCCAAGCACAAUAUCUUCACACUGUGCUGUGUUGCUGCUGAACUAAAUGCACUUUUCCCUAUACUUGGGGCACUUGCUUCAAACAAUUCAGUUCAGUAUCAUGUAUCAUUUGUUUUAACUUCACCCUUUCCCUAGUAGUUACUGCAAGAGGCACAUGUUGAGUUGUGCAAAGAAGCUUUUGAUAGCUUAAUGGAAAUACUGUAAGUUGUGCAUGUACUCUCUGAUAUCUUUUCUUUUUCCAUAUUGCAUUAAGGCUAACAGUGUUGUCUAAGUGGCACACAUUUUCUACAGUACUGUUCUUUUUGUAGUGCCAGUAUAAAUUAUUUUCAUUAUCAUGGAGACUAAAAGGGCAGUUACAUUCCAGUUGGUAUCCCAAAACUCCCCUUUGUAAUGGAUAUAAAUUGUCGAUUGCUAUUUGACCAUUGCCAUUUAAGUGGGAAUUGUGUAUUUUGAACAAAUCAAUCAAUUAUUGGAAUAGGAGAGUACGGUGGUAUUGUUUUUUCCCUCUCAAAACUCAGUACAGUUAAGGAUUGUACUGCCUUAGGGCUAGAAUCACUCUUCUUAUUUAUCUGACAUUUUCAUAAGGAAGAACUUUUAAAUGGAAGGCAGGUGGAGAUAUAAAACCCUAGGGGGCUUAAAUGUGCUGUAAAACUAUUGUAGAUGUCACUGGAUUUUACCAGGUAAUAUCUUUUUUUCCUCUUUUUCCAUCUAUUGUGGCUUUUCAGUUUAAAUUUUGUUUAUUAAAGAAUUAAUUUUAUUACUGCUCUAACUAGAGCAAAGGUUUUUUUUCCCCUCAGCAUAAAGGUGUUAAAAUAUGAAAAUGCUGAAACUUAGUCUUUGAAGACCAUAAUCUAGCUUCUGAAAAAUAAUGGGAAAGAUACGUGGUCAUUAUAACUCUUUAAAAUGAAAAUGGAUGCCCCAUAUCUCUUAAAUAUAGGUGUUCCUUUGCUUUAAUAAGGGGAAUGCCUUUUUUGCUUUGUCUAUUACAGUGGGGCAAAGAUAAACAUAAUUUUAUUGUAGUACUGAAGCUACCUGAAAAAGAGAAAAUGAGGGGCCAUUGUAGAGACUUUUAAUGAGCAUAAGUCAAAUGUCUUCUAAUGGCUGCCUCCUUAUAAAACAGCACAUGGAGUUCUUUGCCUCUACUAGCCAGAAACAAGCAUGAACUUUAAUUGGGCUGUGCUCAUUAAGCAAGGUGUUUCAUAUGUAAAUAGCUUGAUACGAAUUUUCACCUUUCUAAGGUGUAUUGCUAAAAUGAUGUAUGAUCAGAGAGCUGACCCUCUUCCUGAAAUUGCAAUGGGAUGAGUAGUUGGUUUACCUAAAAUAACAUGCUUGCUGCUUUCUUUUAAAGAAAAUAUGACCAGUCUCUCCAUUAUCCUGUGAAUAAAUAAAACAAAAAAUGUAGAAGAAAACUACAGUAUGAAACAGAUCCUUUUUUAAGUUUUUCUUCUUUUAAUGUAUGGUAGCUAAGUGGCAAUGCUACUUAACUCUUUAAGGAGGUAUUGUGUGUUACUCUUUAAGGAGAUGUUUUGUGUGUGUGUGUGUGUGUGUCUGUGUGUCUGUGUCUGUGUCUGUCUGUCUGUCUGUCUGUCUGUCUCCCAAGUGGUUAUUUCCUGCAGUAAAAAUGGGAAAUACUAAAGAGUUUUGUGGAAAUAAAGAAUACGAAUGAAACAAUAUGAGAUAGAAGCUCUAGGAAGAAAAAAUACGCAUAAAAUGCAUUUUUGUAAUUGUAAUAUUAAAGGAUGGAUACUGUAAUUGGAGUGAGCUUUAAUAGUUUGCUUGCAUAUGUCUAAUUUAUCCUACUGUGUAUUUUGAGUCAGUUAAAAUGGAUAAACUACUCUGUGGCAAAGUGUACCUAGUUUUUCAACUUAUGCUUUGUGCAUCCCUUUUGUUUUUAGUCUAUGUAUUGUGCCAAAUUUCAGCUGGCAGACUACUUUUGCUUAUAUGCAAGUAGUUCAUGAUCAGAUUCACAAUGGAGAGGCAAGCUGUACAACUCAAAAUAGGCAAGAGAAGGAAUUGAUAUUGCUAGGUAAAAUAAGAUAAAAUAUUUCUUUCUACCAGAAUGAGUAGUUAAUGAACCAGAUGCCUUAGUUAUAACUUUCCAUUUCAGUAUUGCUCUGAUCUUAUGACAGAUAUUUCCUCUGGAGUCAAUUAGUAGAGAUUAAGAACAGUGACAAUCUUUAGUGAUGCAAGAAUCUUUAUAUUCUGAAUGUAAGAAAAUCAUGGCAUUCAUCUGGAAUUCAUGGGAGUAACCCUGAGAGUUAAAAAUUUAUAGGAUGUAUCAUGAGUGUGUCAUGGGUAAUAAAGUCAAUACUAGUGAAUUAGUGAAUAUAGUAUGGUGUGGAACUUGAUAAUAGUAAUUAUGAGGGGCAAACCAUAAGUUAUUAGAAACUUUGCAAAAUAAAUAGAAAAUAUAAUUUAUAUAUUGUGUAUGUAUACAUACGUAGAUACAUACAUGUGUAUAUAUGUGAACUCAAUUUUACUGGAUUUAAAAUUUAUUUAAAUAAGAGUUGACUAGUACCCAAGAAAGAAAAAGAAAAACUUUUUCUCAAUGUGUUAUCUUACAUACAUUUAACAUCUAUGUAAAUGAUAUUAAUCUGAACAAACCAGUUAUAACCAAGAAAUAUCUCAGAGUAGGACAAUAGUGGUGGCUUUGAGGGAAAGAAAGACAUUUUUCCUCCCCCCCUCUUCCUACUGAAGGGUGAGGAAGAAUCACUUUAAAAGCCAGGUCAUAGAUAUAUCACUAAUAAUAAUAAUAGCUCACAUUUAAGGUUUUCGGAAUACUUUCUUCACAACAAUCCUGUGAGCUAAGUAGGUAGUACAAGUUUUAUUACCACUCUUUAAAGAUGAGGAAGUUGAGAUUUAGGUUAAGUAAUUUAUCCAGGGUCACACAGCUAGUAAAUGUCAGAGCCAGAACUCAAACCCAGGUCUUCUGACUCAAAGUCCAGAGCUCUUUCUACUACACCGUGCUGCCUCAGAUUGUUCUGUGAAGAACGAUCCUAAUAUUGAUUGGAUAAUAGGAUUAUGUGAGUGACAUUUUUAGCGUGUUAUAGGUUAUGGAAACCUAAAAAUGAUCCUAUUUUGAAAGUUUUAUUGUAGGAUGGUGCUUUAAUGAAUGUCCUUUAGAUUUCUGUGCUGUCUUGUUCACCUUUGACCUUUGCCAGUGUUAUAUAGAGAUGAGCAUGUUCAGACUUUUGAAAACUAAAUAUACCAGUAGCAUUUGCAUUAGUCAUAUAUAUCAUUUUCUUCUAAUGAUUUUGGGGAAUACUUCUGUUCAAGUAAAUCUGUCCCAGCUGGUAAGCACUUAAAUAUGACACCCCCUCAAAACCUCACUUUGUAUUAUCUAAAAAUACAAUGUAAGGAGGGGUGUUUCAGGUUACCCCUCAAAGUACCUACUUUUUUCAGUAUGAAUUUUAAUUACAAAAAUUAUGAAACAUGUUAUCAAAUAAUCUUAAUUCUCAUGAGUUAUCCUCUAUUUCCUGACUUUGAACAUUAAUGCCUCCUUUCAACAUAUCACAGAUUACAAAGUCUCCUUGUAGUAAUUCAACAAUUUGAAUGCAGCAAAAUAUUUUUGUAUAGUGUACCUCAGUAGUAGCUUUAAAAUGCAUGUCAAAACUUGCUUUUAAUUAGAUGUACAUACAGUUGGCAGUCAUUUGCACAACACGACAAAUUUACAAGGCACAGUUAGAACAAUUAAAGACACGAUAGUUUCUACAAACAAUAUCUAAUGGUUUGGGGUUUUAUUCCAGCAGAGAUCAGUGCAUCCUCUGACAUGUAGGUCUUAACCAGGACUGCACAGAACUUAGGCUGUGGAAAAUACUUGGCCACAUUCAGUUGUGGUUAAAAGCUAAACAAAGUGUAAACAGUCCACAAAAAUAUGUACUUUUAAUCUCACUUGUAUUGUUGAUUGUUAUGUCUAUAUAAAAAUUGCCUUGCCUUUUUUAUAA